AUGAUCGGGUCUGUCCAAGGUAAUUCUCUAGAAGUUUUAUUGAAUGCGGUGAGUUACCUCCAACAUCAAGACUUUGGUACAAUAUCUUCACAAAACAGUUCAGAGGUGUUCUCAAAGUUAGAGCUUUACUUGAAGAUGUUGGAAAACGAUUCCAAAUUGCUAGAGGCAGAAGUACAAUGCAGAACACAGAAUGCGGUUUUACAUAUCCGGGAGGUGUGUGAUGCACUUGAUUACAUGUGCAAAAACAUGAUUAUUAUGAAAGGGUCGACUACGCCAAAGGACCUCGAAUGCCGUUCAAGGAAGGUGUUUCCCUGUUCCCAAACUAUUGGACCAAGGCCUAUCUUUUUUCCUCCGAUUGUAAGAAGGAGAAUUGCAAUUUCUGAACUUUUGAAUGAGGAUGACGCGUUUGAGACGAAAGAAAGGCAACCUAUAAGAGCAAGGAAAUUCAAAACGAAAAAAAUGGUGGGCAAGAAACGUCACAAGACAUUUCAUCCAAUGGAUGGUAAGCCCUGUCCUCACUGUUCAACUGUUUCCGCAACGCCUGAGUGGCGGUCUGGACCGUACGGGAAUAAUGUGAGAAUCUGUAACGCAUGUGGUCUGUUUUAUCGUAAAUUGAAGCAGAAAUUCGGCUUGAAAAAGGCCAACUUGCUUAUGCAGUACCGACGUAAAAAUUGCCCAAGAGACAGGAACAUGCCGCACUCUGUUGAAGUUUCCAUGGUUUAUAAAAUAACAAAGCAAGAACAUGAAGAAUUUACAGACUAG